AUGGCAAGUGAUCAUAGAUCAAGAAACACCAUCUUGACUUGUGUCAUUUUAUUACUAUCAAUCAUCCUCAUGAUGAUCAAUCAUUGUGAAGGAUCUCUAUCCUCAUCAAAGAGGUAUGCAGAUAUGUGCAAUGGCACUAUGGCGCUGUGCCCAACGCUAGUGGAAGAAGCUGAAGAGUUUCUCAUGGACAACGAAGAACAUCGACGGAUUCUUGCCGACACAAACAAAAUAUCUUAUGAUGCUCUCAAGAAAAGUGAACCAGCUUGUGCGAAAAACUGUCAAGGCGAAAAGAAUUAUAACGCUGGUGAUAGGCAGUGCCUUAAGAUGUAUUACUGCCACUAG